GUCAUUUCAUUUUUUUAAUCUUGAAAUAACAGUUGUUAUUUUUUUUUCAUUUUUUCUCUAUUAAUAAAAAUUUUCAAAAAGUUAAUAUUUAAAAAAAUUAUUGUUAUUAACUAAUCAAAAUAUUAUUAACAAAACAAAUUAUUAUUAUUAAUAACAUGAAAAAAUUACUAAAAAUUAUCAAAAAAUGAAAAAAGAGGAAUGGAAAAAAGAAUUAAGGAGUGAAUAUUAUAUUUACGCAAUUCAUUUAUGGAUUCCUGGAGUAUGGCCUUUAUUACCUGAUAAUUAUUUCACAGCUUUUCGAUUUUAUUUUGCUGUUCUUUUAUUGCUAUCAACAAUAAUAACUUUAGGUACAGAAAUAAUUCAAAGCUGUGGAGACGCAAAGGAAAUCACUGACCAAUUAGUGUUUUGUGCAGUGACGAUAAAUUCAACGGCAAAAAUAAUAAUACUGCGAAUAUUUCGAAAAAAAUUUUCCAGUAGCUUUAGAAAAGCAGAGGAAAAUUGGUUCAACACGGAAGACAAUGAUUCUCUUACAAUUACAAAAUCAUAUAAAAAAUUGUGUAGAAAAAUUAAUUUUCUCGAAGCAACAGUGCAUUAUAUUCUUCUUGCAAUGUAUAUAAUAGCACCAAAAUUAUCCAAUGAGAAAAUUUUACCACUCUCAACAUCCUGUUUAGUGAAGAAUUUUUCAUCAGACAUAGGAUAUCAAAUUUUCUAUUGUUUACAAAUUAUACAAAUCUUAUAUGUUUUCAAUGGAAAUCUUGGUACAGAUUUUUUUUUCUUUAUUAUAAUAAUGCAAAUUUGCGGACAAGUUGAAAUAUUGCGAAUGAAAUUGUCAAAAAUUGCUCGACAAGAUUUUAAUUAUAAAUUGGAGAAUGUGACAAAUUUUAAUAGAUUAAGAGAGAUAAGAAUCGAUGAGAGGAAAUGUUCUAUGAUGAUAAAUUUUUUGAUUAAUAGACACGUGAAGUUGAUUAAUUUGGCUAAUGAGGUGCAAAGCACUUUAUCCAUUAUGCUUCUUAUACAUCUCAGCAAUAAUGUCGCAAUAAUGAGUAUUUUAGGACUACAGUCGUUACUAUUUUUGCAAGAAGGUGAUUCUUUAUCGGCAGGAAAAACAAUAAGUCGAUUUUUUAUUGUAUCAUUGGGACUUUUUUUGUUUUGCUAUACAGGCGAUUAUUUGCAAUAUCAAUUUGAAAAAGUUUCAGAAGCUGCCUAUAAUUGUCAUUGGUAUAAUUUACCACCGAAAAUAAGUAGAAACAUUAUAAAUAUUCAAAUGAGAGCCAGUCAUUUAAUGAAUCUUAACGCUGGUCAAUUAUGUGAAUUGAAUCUUGAAUUAUUUAAAACUGCAAUGCAAACUGCCAUGUCCUUCUUUUCGCUAAUGAGAAUCAUUUUCAAGAAAGAUGAUCAUACGAUAUAAUGUCAUUGAAUUUUUCAUCCAUUAAAGAUUUCAACAGUUUUGAUGAUAGGUACUGAAGUUGUUUUUAGUAUUGCCUUCCACUGUGGUGAACUGAGACAAGCGGCUGAUCAUUUUCUAUUUUGGACAGUGACAGUGAUAGCAACAAUAAAAACAAUUUUA